AUGCUUAUACUGAAAACACCUCAUGACUUCACCUUCGAUGAAGCCGUCAAGCGACUGUCAGAGACUUUCAGGGAGAAGUCCUCCUUGUUUAAUAUACGCUUUCAGUGCCUCAAUCUGAUGAAGAACAAGACGGACGAUUUUCUGACUAGCAUCGUCAACCGCGAGUAUGAAAAGUUAAAGCUGCGAGCGAUGAAAGAAGACCAGUUCAACCUCAGACAUCAGUCUUAUCUCCAAGCGCACUUGGCAGGUGAUCGGAGGGUCUCCGAUAAUAAUAUCGGAAAAAAUGCGAUGAAUGUUUCUGGAGAAUUUCUCUGGCUCACAGAUGAGCUUCAAUAUGAAGUCUCUUUUGAUGGCAUUCAAUUCAAAGGAACAUGCUACCUUACCAAGCGUCCGAACCUCGAGUUAAUUUUUGUUGACUGGAUCAAGAAACUCGGUCUUCUGGAAUUGCCACUUAAUCGUGAGAAAUUUGCCCCAGUUUUCCAAGAUGGUUUUGUCAGCUGUGACAAAAUUAAAGUCACUCUACGAAUUCAACCAAAUACAAAACCCGUCUUCAGACCUAAAAUACUAGUUCUUUAUGCUACACUUUCUGUUGUUGACCAGGAGAUUGAGCACCCUCAGCGAGACGGUAUUUUUCAGCCAGUCAAUUACUCCAUAUGGGCCACAACAAUGGUGGCUGUCAAUAAAGCCGCAAGUAAAGUCCGAAUUGAUUAUGCUUUCUGUACUGGUCUCAAUGCUGCUCUGGACACGCAUCAGUAUCCCCUGCCCGUGCCGGAAGAUCUUUUUGCUAAGCAAAAUGGUGGUACUUGUUUCGCCAUGCUGAAUCUAUUUGAUGCAUACCUUUAA